GAGAUUUUUAAGUUUUCAAUAAUACAGCAGAGCAACAAAAGUGAACAAUAUUUAGAGACAAAAAUAAAUAGAUGCAUAAUAAACUUAGGAAUCCCCGGUGUUGAGCGCUUGUGCUACAACAGCAAUUUCUGGAUUAUUUUAUUUUAAACAAUCUGAAAAUUCUACACAUUUUAAAUUUAUUAAAUUCUUACAGUUGUUGUAGGGAUUAUGUUUCCCCUGGCUAUAGUAAAAUGUCACGUUAAAGGACCGUCCAUUCAUGAUUGAGAUGAGAAGAUAUUUCUUUGUCCACAGGGUAACGAUUCCUUGGAAUUUUCACCCAAGAGGACUGUGAUGUCUCAGUUGAUUCAGAGUAGAUAUUGAUAGAUUUUGAGAUAUUAGGGGAAAUCGAGUGACAUAAGAUUAGUGGCACUGAGGUAAAAAAAUGAAUGGUGGAGUGAUCAUGAAGACGCGAAUGGCCUGAUCCUUCUAUUUCUUCUGUUCUUAUUGUAAUGAUUAAAGUUAAUCCAAAAUACCCCAACUUUGGCCCAAAUCGUAUCUUUCAGCAAGUAAAGGCGAAGUUGAAAUAAAUAUACCUCUAUAUAAGUGAAAAUGUAUAUUGGGAAAGGCACAUCCAAAUGUUAAUCUGCGGUUCCAGAUAUGUAACAGAGCAAAGUUGAGGUAUAAAUGCCAUUCUGGUCAAAUAAUUAUGAAUAGAACGUCAUAUUUAUUAAAAUCUGACAAAUCAAAUAUUGUUAGUUUAAUGACACAGCAAAGGGAAAGAGCGAACACAAGCCAGUUUGAACAUUUGAAUAAGAAAUUAUAUUAGCCGUGAUAUAACCCUAUCAAGUGUGGUGCACCGUAUUCACAAAUAAAAUCCAGGUUAGGUCUGCAAACAGUAGUCGUGGGUGAUUGCUGGUAUUUGUUUUGAGAAUUCCUGUGGAGAUGGCUGCUUCUGGUUUCAUUUUCACAAGGUUAUUAAAUCCUUGCGAGUUUCUUCUAAGAAGCAGAACGUGUUGCUAAAGAAUUGAUGCACUCGUGUCCUGCUUAAUACAGGAUCGGGGGGGGGGGGGGGAGUAUAUUGAUGUACUAAUGGCCUGCUUUGGUUCAGGGGACAGCCGACAUUUACUCUGUUGGCCUGAAAUAGUCUGCAGUAUUUUAAGGUCCAGUAAUAAAUUAUUCUCAUUGUGCAGUUCAUCUUAUUUAAUUGUGAGCCCUUAGAUUUCUCACAGCACAGCCUUUCUCGGAUUUAACUUCUGCACUGCAUGGACGAACGGCUGUCUAUGUACAGUGCUUAGUUGCCAUGUAUUGUGUGACAAACUGUACACGUGACUCGGAAUUUGCACCAAUACCUGAGGAAAUCGGGGAGAUGCUUUCGUGACUGAUUAUUUGCAUAAAGCUGCGAACCCAGAAGCUCACACAAAGUCUGCUGCGCAUCGACAUUGCGGGCAUUGGACCCAGCGGGCGAUCUCACGUCUCCGAGCCAGCGUUUCGCUGUGUGGCUGACAGUCACGCCAGCUCCAACCAGAGUACGUAAUGAGAAUUGCUGGCGUUGCUGACGUUUGGCUGUUAAUCACUGAUUUGUUAAACAUACAGCACUAGCUUGUCUACGAGAGAGGAUCGGUGCAUUGUACCGAGACCCCUGUCUCCAGACUUUUGCCGGACCUUCGCACACUUGGAGAAGUCGGAAUGGUCUGAACGAAUAAAAGCAGCGAGCUCCAGGAGAUGCCGUUCGCUUUGCAGGCGAGAAACGAGCAAGGGAGGAUUUGAGAAGGAAAACCUUUACGUUAGUUUCUGAGAAAAUGCUGCCCAAUGUCUCUGCCAACCAAUUUGCCAAUCCAGACGGUGCAAUGAACGGUGCCAAUUUUACUCACAAUGGGACUGCAAGUGGCGCGUAUAGCCGCGCUAUCUUCAUCUCAUUCAUCUACUCCGCCGUGUGCUUUGUUGGACUGUGUGGGAACUCCUUGGUCAUAUACGUGAUCCUAAGGUAUGCCAAAAUGAAGACGGCAACAAACAUCUACAUCUUAAACUUAGCUAUCGCCGAUGAACUGCUCAUGCUAAGCGUGCCCUUCCUGGUAACCUCCACCUUGCUGAACCACUGGCCCUUCGGCUCGUUGCUUUGCCGCUUGGUCCUCAGCGUGGAUGCCGUCAACAUGUUCACCAGCAUCUACUGCCUGACUGUCCUCAGUGUGGACAGGUAUAUCGCGGUGGUGCACCCCAUCAAAGCCGCCAGUUACAGAAGACCCACCAUAGCUAAAGUAGUCAACCUAGCCGUGUGGCUCCUGUCCAUUCUGGUGAUUCUGCCCAUCAUUAUCUUUGCGGACACGGCCCCCAACACUGACGGCUCGAUUAUCUGCAAUAUGCAGAUGCCAAAGCCUGACAGGCAGUGGCUCGAGGUGUUCGUAGUCUACACGUUUUUAAUGGGGUUUCUCAUCCCCGUCGUCGCCAUCUGCCUGUGCUACAUUCUCAUCAUUGCCAAACUGAGAGUGGUGGCCCUUAAAGCCGGUUGGCAACAGCGUAAGAAGUCGGAGAGGAAGAUCACCUUGAUGGUGAUGAUGGUGGUGACCGUGUUUGUGAUGUGCUGGAUGCCAUUUUACAUAGUUCAAUUAGUGAAGAUAUUUCUGGGGCGACAAAAUCUGACCGUCAGCCAGCUCGUGGUCGUCCUGGGAUACGCCAACAGCUGCGCCAACCCCAUUCUUUACGGCUUUCUCUCGGACAACUUCAAGCGAUCGUUCCAGAGAAUCUUGUGCUUGCGGUGGAUGGACAAUGUAGCGGAGGAACCCAUAGAUUACUAUGCCACGGCCCUCAAAAGUAGAGCAUACAGCGUGGAAGAAUUCCAACAGGACCCAUUGGAGUCGGAGAGUGUCUAUCGCAAUGGUACCUGUACCUCAAGGACAACCACCCUCUGAGGAAUCCCAAGGCAGCUCUGCGAAUAGUA